CACAGGCAGCCUGCUUCUGCGAAGUGGUACGACCGAAGGGACUACGUCUUUAUUGAGUUUUGCGUUGAAGACAGUAAAGAUGUUAAUGUAAAUUUUGAGAAAUCUAAACUCACCUUCAGUUGUCUCGGAGGAAGUGAUAACUUUAAACAUUUAAAUGAAAUUGACCUUUUUAAUAAUAUCGAUCCAAACGAAUCCAAGCAUAAAAGAACAGACAGAUCUAUCUUGUGUUGUUUACGAAAAGGAGAAUCUGGUCAGGCGUGGCCGAGGUUAACGAAAGAGAGGGCAAAGCUCAACUGGCUCAGCGUGGACUUCAACAACUGGAAAGACUGGGAAGACGAUUCAGAUGAAGACAUGUCCAAUUUUGAUCGCUUUUCUGAGAUGAUGAACAACAUGGGCGGAGAUGACGAUGUAGACUUGCCAGAAGUAGAUGGGGCAGAUGAUGACUCGCCAGACAGUGAUGACGAAAAAAUGCCAGAUCUGGAGUAAGGAAAACCAUCGUCUUCAGGGUUUGGGGAAAGAGCUUCAUCACAACAUUUCAUAAUUGAGAUAAGAAUUCCUGAGUUGAUAGCCCUUAAGGGAGAUCCUGCAUCCUUUAACCCAUUUUCAGUCCAUUUUAAAUGGCUUCACUGAUGGUAGGUGUGUACCGUUGCACGGGGCGGUCUUAAGCCACGAGAGGCAAUAACGUUAUGCAUGAACCGUUUUCCAGACUUCCAAAAACACAAAACCAACCCAACUGAGGUGUAGGCAAUCGAUACAGAGCAGUCGCAAUAAAGUUUACGGAGCCUC